AUGGACGGCCUCAUGAGAAAGUAUGGCAUCAUACACAAAGUCGCCACGGCCUACCACCCUCAGACAAACGGCCAAGCCGAGGUGUCUAACCGGGAAAAACAUGUGUUGGAAAGGAUUGUGAAGCCGAAUAGGAAAGAUUGGAGCGCUAAACUCUCCGAUGCACUUUGGGCAUAUCGAACGGCUUACAAAACACCCAUUGGCAUGAGCCCUUUUAGACUUGUAUAUGGUAAAGCAUGCCAUCUACCAGUAGAAAUUGAACACAAAGCUUAUUGGGCCAUAAAGGAAUUGGAGUGCUUGAGAUUAGAAGCCUAUGACAAUUCUAGACUCUACAAGGAAAAGAUGAAAGCCAUUCAUGACAAGAACAUUAGGAGAAGGGAAUUUGGACCCGGUGACCUAGUGCUCCUUUGCAACUCAAGGUUGAGAUUACUACCUGGAAAGCUUAGAUCAAGAUGGGAUGGACCUUACCAAGUAGAGAAAGUAGAACCUUAUGGGGUCUAUCACUUGUGCCACCCAUCAAGUCCGGACAUUUUCAAGGUAAAUGGGCACCGUCUCAAAUUGUACUAUGGUGAGCAAAGAAAGAACUCCAAGGAAUUUGAACUGUUCCUCUUGAGGGAUGCAUCUCUUGAACAAAAGCUUUGA